CCUGUGGUGAAGUGCAGGAGCUGACAGACCCCAUUCACUGCAGAAACACAAGCUGUUUAGAUCAGAGCUCAAACCAGUUUGAGUUCCGAGAAAGUGAAACGAAAGUCGUUGCCACUGAGAGGUGAGAUGGCUCAGAAAGGAGUCCAGCUGGACCAGGACGCCUUCUCUUGUUCCAUCUGUCUGGAUCUCCUGAAGGAUCCGGUGACUACUCCCUGUGGACACAGCUACUGCAUGAACUGUAUUAAAACCCACUGGGAUGAAGAGGAGGAGAAGAAAAUCCACAGCUGCCCUCAGUGUAGGCAGACCUUCACACCGAGGCCUGUCCUGCUGAAAAACACCAUGUUAGCAGUUUUAGUGGAGGAACUGAAGAAGACUGGACUCCAAGCUGCUCCUGCUGAUCACUGCUAUGCUGGACCUGAAGAUGUGGUCUGUGAUUUCUGCACUGGGAGAAAACUGAAAGCCCUCAAGUCCUGUCUGGUCUGUCUGGUCUCUUACUGUGAGAAACACCUCCAGCCUCACUUUGAAUCUCCUGCCUUUGAGAAACACAAGCUGGUGGAGCCCUCCAAGAAGCUCCAGGAGAACAUCUGCUCUCGUCAUGAUGAGGUGAUGAAGAUGUUCUGCCGUACUGAUCAGCAGAGUAUCUGUUAUCUCUGCUCUGUGGAGGAACAUAAAGGCCACGACACAGUCUCAGCUGCAGCAGAAAGGACCGAGAGGCAGAGAGAACUCGAGGUGAGUCGACAAAACAUCCAGCAGAGAAUCCAGGACAGAGAGAAAGAUGUGAAGGUGCUUCAGCAGGAGGCGGAGGCUAUCAAUCGCUCUGCUGAUGAAGCAGUGGAGGACAGUGAGAAGAUCUUCACCGAGCUGAUCCGUCUCAUGGAGAAAAGACGCUCUGAUGUGAAGCAGCAGGUCAGAUCCCAGCAGCAAACUGAAGUGAGUCGAGUCAAAGAGCUUCAGGAGAAGCUGGAGCAGGAGAUCACUGAGCUGAAGAGGAAAGACGCUGAGCUGAAGCAGCUCUCACACACAGAGGAUCACAACCAGUUUCUACACAACUACCCCUCAGUGUCAGCACUCAGUGAAUCUACAGACUCAUCCAGCAUCAAGAUCCGUCCUCUGCGCUACUUUGUGGAUGUGACAGCGGCUGUGUCAGAAGUCAGAGACAAACUACAGGACGCUCUGAGUGAGAAAUGGAAAAACAUCUCACUGACAAGGAGAAAAGUGGAUGUUUUACUGCCACAACCAGAGCCCAAGACCAGAGCUGAGUUCUUAAAAUAUUCACGUGAAAUCACACUGGAUCCAAACACAGCAAACACAUAUCUGUUAUUAUCUGAGGGGAACAGAAGAGCAACAUAUUUGAGUCAACAACAGUCUUAUUCUCGUCACCCAGACAGAUUUACUGGAUGGUUGCAGGUCCUGAGUAGAGAGAGUCUGACUGGACGUUGUUACUGGGAGGUGAAGUGGAGAGGGGGGCGAGUUGAUGUAGCAGUCGCAUACAAGAAUAUGAGCAGAGCAGGGAUUUCGGAUGAAUGUGAAUUUCGACACAAUGACAAAUCUUGGGCGUUAACAUUUGACCAAAACAGCUUUAAAUUUUGGUACAACAAGGUCCAAACUCCUGUCUCAGGUCCUCGGUCCUCCAGAGUAGGAGUGUACCUGGAUCACAGAGCAGGUAUUCUGUCCUUCUACAGCGUCUCUGAAACCAUGACUCUCCUCCACAGAGUCCAGACAACAUUCACUCAGCCUCUCUAUGCUGGACUUGGUCUUUAUCACCCUCAUGGAAGUGCUGCUGAGUUCUGUAAACUGAAAUAGUCAGAAGUCAUCUAAGGAACAGAGGGUUAAAUUCUGUUAAGCAUUAAACUUGUUUUGUCUUCAUGUUUGUUACUGAGAGCUGGUUGUGAGAUCACCUGUCAAUCAAACAUUAUGGGCGGUACUUUGACAUCUUCUCAUUAGUUGUUGUGUAAAUGUUUGAGUUUCUUUCAGUGGAGCUCCUUCCUGUGUCUGUUUCACUGCUCAUGAUGACUGUUGUUUACCUGAACCGACAUUUCUCACUGUAAUUAUCUUCGUCAAUAAGGAGGUCAUUCUUUAUUGUCUUUGACAUAGCUGAGAUUCUGUUCAGUUAAACAGACAAUCUGAAUGAACUGGAAAAUACAGAAAAGAAUAUGUGGCCAUCUUACUCCAGCAACUUUUAGUGUAAUGUAAUCAUACUAAACACAGCAAAUUGUGGACACAUCUAAAGAAAAACAGAAGUGGACAGAGCAGCACUAAAGGACAUUUAAAGUGAUUUGAUUUAGAAUCACGUCACUGGCAAAAAUCUGAAUAAUAUAAUGUUUGUAAUCUUUACAGCAGUGACUAAAGUGUAUGUAUUUCAUGUGCUGUAUUUGAACUGUUGUAAUCAAUAAAAAGUUUGAUUAAAGUGAA